AUGCUCCGAGGCUGCGCCCUCCUGCUCGCCGCCCUGCUCCUCGCCGCGGCCCUCCCCACCCCGGCGCUCGGGUCACCGGUAAAGGAAAAGAGAGGCUGGACCCUGAACAGCGCCGGCUACCUUCUUGGUCCACAUGCCGUGGACAACCACAGGUCCCUCCAUGAGAAGCACGGCCUGGCGGGCAAGCGUGAGCUGCAGCUGGACGAUGAGGUCAAGCCAGGAAGCUAUGAUAGGCUGCUCCCUGAGAACAGUGUGGCGCGCACCAUCGUCGAGUUUCUGACUUUCUUGCAGCUCAAAGAGGCCGGGGCCCUCGAGGGCCUGCCCUCGGCCCUCUCGUUGGAAGACACGGAGCAGACCUGA